CUGACGGCCUCAUCACUGAUGCUCAUGCCUCCGCCUCCCUACCCGCCGCCGCUGCCGCACCUUCUCCGCGACCUCCGCGGCAAAACGCUCACCACCCAGCUCCUCGACCCCCUCAUCCGGUCCGCCUCAUCCUCGCCGUCCCCCUCCCUCUCCUUCUCCCUCUUCAUCCACCUCCUCCGCUCCUCCCUCCGCCCGUCCCACUUCACCUUCCCAUUCCUUGCCCGCGCCGCCGCGCGAUUGUCCUCCGCCUCCCUCGCGGCCGCGCUCCACGCGCACCCGCUCCGGCUUGGGCUCCUCCCCGCCGACCUCCACGUCGCCAACUCCCUCGUCCACAUGUACGCGGCCUGCGCCAUGCCGGACCACGCCCACCGGGUGUUCGACGAAAUCCCGCGCCCCAACCUCGUCUCCUGGAACGCUCUCCUCGAUGGCUACGCCAAGUGCCGGGACCUUCCCGCCGCGCGGCAGGUGUUCGCUCGGAUGCCCCAGCGGGACGUGGUGUCCUGGAGUGCCAUGAUCGACGGGUGUGUCAAGUGUGGAGAGCACCGUGAGGCGCUCGCGCUGUUCGAGAUGAUGGAGAACGCUGCCGCCAGGUCAGUGGAGGAUGGUGGGGGUGGGGCAAGGGCGAAUGACGUCACGAUGGUGAGCGUGCUUGGAGCCUGUGCGAACCUUGGGGACCUUGAGCGUGGGAGGUGGGUGCACCGGUGCCUGAGGGAGCGCGGCUUCCCAUUGAACCUCAAGCUUGCGACCUCGCUCGUUGACAUGUAUGCCAAGUGCGGGGCCAUCCAUGAGGCACUAGAGAUGUUCUGGGCUGUGCCGGUGGAGAGCACCGAUGUUCUGAUAUGGAAUGCUGUGAUUGGUGGCCUUGCGGUGCAUGGCAUGGCCACUGAAUCUGUGGAGAUAUUCCAGGAGAUGCAGUGUGCUGGGGUUGCACCGGAUGAGAUCACGUACCUUUGUCUGUUGAGUGCUUGUGUCCAUGGCGGUCUAGUGGAUGAGGCUUGGAAGUUCUUCCGCUCGCUUGAAGCGCAAGGGCUCAGACCACAUGUUGAGCAUUACGCUUGCCUGGUAGAUGUGCUUGGCCGAGCAGGGCGCUUGGAGGAAGUGUACGGUGUUGUUAAAAGUAUGCCGAUGAAGCCCAGUGUUUCUGUGCUUGGUGCUUUCUUGAAUGCCUGUCAUUUGCAUGGAUGGGUGGAGCUGGGGGAGGUAGUUGGUAGGCAGCUUGUCCAGUUGCAGCCAGACCAUGAUGGCAGGUACAUUGGCCUGUCCAAUAUCUAUGCUGUUGCCAGACGGUGGCAAGAGGCAAAGAAAGCUAGAAAGGUAAUGGAGGAUAGGGGUGUGAAAAAGGUCCCUGGAUUUAGUGAGAUUCAUGUUGGUGGAGGGCUCUCCAGGUUCACUGCCCAGGACAAGACUCAUCCUGGCUCAGUGGAGAUCUAUGACUUGUUGAAUCUAAUAGCAAUGGAGAUGAAAAUGAAUGAUGAUGCUACAAUUCCAGAUUACCUUUGUGCACACUGCUAGAAUGAUGGUUGCACCUGUGGAUUACUCAACAAAGAAUUUCCAUGAAGCUGUAUGAUCAUUUUCUCAGAGUGAAUCUGGACAUAGUAUUUGCCACUCUUAGUCCUGGCCACUGAAUCACUAUGCAAAGCAUCAUUUAGGCUAAUCUAAUUGGAAUCUAAAUUGAGAGGUCAGCCCAGUUGUGAGCAGAUCCACCAGGAGAUAUAUAUUUGAGCAUUAGAAGCAGCAUUUGCUGCAAAUUCUCUGCUGAUAGAAGGGACGUGGAAAUAUGGGAUGCAGAUGGCAUUUACAUUGUUUGGAUAGCAGACAGAUAAUAUUGACAUCUGGAUAAACUUUCUUCAGAAAUUGCUUCACCUGUAGCUACUGCCUGUAUGACAGAUUUGGCAAUAAGAUGAAAAUUAUAUCGAGUGUUUCAUAAGUUACAACCA